AUGGAGUCACUCAACACGUUUGAAUCUGAGAUGGAGGCUGAUGGACAGGGGAACUACUCUCUGUUUCCUGCUCUGGACAGCAUUGCAAGUCUGUCUGGAACUGCAGAAACCCUGGAGAGUAAUCCCCCUGGUGAAAUUGCAGAGAAGCCAAACCUCACCUGGCUUGAUGCAGCACAGAUUGUUUUGGAGGAAGCAGGACGUCCCAUGCACAUAAAGGAGAUUAAACAGAGAAUCAUUGACAGGGGACUCGUUCAAUCCAAUGCAAAAUCAAGCCUGGAGGCUGUCAUGUACCGUGAGACACAAAAAGGAAGCAGGAGAUUCAAGAGGAUUGAGAACAGAAAUGGAGUCUUUGCACUGCUGACUGAUGAGGAGCGGCAGCAGGCCCUGCAGGCUUUCACUGCCCAGUCUUUCCUCAGCUCUCCACAGCAGAAUACCAUCGGCAGUUCUGGCUCAGGUGCCUCGGCGCCUGCAUUCCCUUCCCCCACCAGUUCCUCUGAGCAUAAGGCCAAGAUGAAACGAGGUUCGCGAAAAAACCAGAAUGAGAAGUACCGGCUCAAGUACCUCAGGUUGCGCAAAGCAGCUCGUGCCAUGAUAUUUGAGAAUGCAGCUCUCUGUGAUGAAGUUGCCCACUUAGAGGAGAAGUUUCUGAGAGCAAAGGAGGAGCGAAGGUUUUUACUAAAGUCACUGUUGCAGUACCAGUCCUUAUCAGAGGGGGAGAUACUGCCCACACCCAGCUCCAGCUCUCAUCCACCUGUGCCGCCCGUGGCAUUAACGCCAGGUCCUGCGGGGGCUUCGGGUCUGUCUGCGGGGCAUAACCUGACGUCAGUGGUGUCCACAGGAGAAGAGGCUGCUCUUAAAAAACCCAAGAAGGAAAGAAAAGAGCGAGGAAGGGAGAAUGGAAAGGAAGAAUGUGAGUGAUACAGUCAACCAAAGAAGAUGACUAAGAAGAGAAAGCUAGCAGACGGGUCUCGGAAGCUGGUGCAGCCCAUCCCUCUGGACUCAUCUGGUCGUCCUGUCUUUCCCAUCGUGCUGGGAGGUUUAACAGUCUACAGCCUGGGAGAGAUCAUCACAGACAGAAUGUUGUUCCACGAUGAGUGUGCCAUCUACCCAGUGGGCUUCUGCAGCACACGAGUCUUUGCCAGCAUGAAAAACCCCGACCAGCAGUGCCUCUACACCUGCCAAAUCAAGGACGGGGGAACAGGUCCACAGUUUGAGAUCGUGCCUGAAGAAGAUCCUCAGAAUGCCAUUGUGGCCUCCUCUGCCCUGACAUGCCACUCCAACCUACUGAAGGCCAUCGCAUCUGUCAGUUCCAAGUCUUUUGCGCCCAUCGUGCCAUCAGGAGCAGACUUCUUUGGCUUCUCUCACCCCACCAUCCAGAAUCUCAUCCAGAGUUGUCCUGGAGCACGUAAAUGUACCAACUACAGAUGGAUUCGUUUUGAGGUUUGUCGGCCCGGUGACGGCCAGGUUCCUCACAGCCUAUCAGAGGAUGAUGCCUCUGUCAACUUUGAGGCCUACCAGAGACAUCAGGGCUUUGAUGAUAACAUCAAGACAGAGCACAUCGCAGGACAGACACCACAGUCUCCCAGUUCCUCUCAUCAGCACCACCUGACCUCCCCCACCAUGAAGCCCUCUACCUCAUAUUUCAGCUCCUGAUUUUGAUAGCUCUGCUGAAAUCAAAGUCUCAUCUGAUUGUAAUCCAUGGGAAAUUUCUGUCUUAUUAACAAGACUUACAAGUGUUUUAUUUCAAAAAUACCUUCCUGGUUAAAUUAUUCUUGAAAUAGUGGCACAAUAACUCAAAUUUAUGCUAUUUAUUAUAUUCAUAUUAUAGCUAGCCCCAGACAGCAUAACUCAAUGUGUGCUAAUGUGGUUAUUGAUAAUAUACAGGAUGUGGCUGAUGAUUUAGCUUUGUGCUAAACAUGCCAAGAGCAACAUAAACCCAACGCCUCUGUAGUGGGAAUUCUAUUCUUUACUGUAUGUAUAUAAACAUAUGUACUGGAUUUUAAAAGUUGUAGUCCUAUUUGACAUCAUGUUCAAAUACAUAUGACCUUUUUUUCUUCAAAUUUGGGAUUGCACAUCGCUUUCCUAUGUACAAGUUUUGUUACAUGGUAUUAAACUGUUGGUACCCUAUUUAGGUUUUCCAGUUGAAAUAAGUGUAUAGCAUGUUUAGAUUAAUCAAUAAUUUAAUUUCAUUCAGUUUCUUUUUUACCGCUGCAAAAGCUUUGGCAUUGAAUGUAACACAUCCACAUUAACUUAGUUAUUGAUUUGUCAUUUAUUUGUGCAAAUGAUGUAGGUCAAAAGGACUGAUCUGUGUUGUAAACUUCAAAAUCAUUUUUGUUAGAAAAAUAAAAAAACACACUUGUUUCUCUACAUUCA